GAGAGAACCGGUCCAGUGGAAAGAUCAAAGACCACUCCUACUCCACUUCGGGACUUAUAAAUACAUGAUACAACAUUACAACCCAAGAACAAAGCACUACUCCUGAGAAGCAAGAAGCAGAGAAGAGUAAGAUAGAGUUUGAAAGACAUCAUAUCGCCCAAGCUGCCAAACAUCAGGUCAUUCAGGCGUAAGGAAGAAUCAAUCAAGAGUCAAGAACAGAAGAUGACUCACCAAGCGGGAAAAGAGGCGGCGAUCCCACUGCUAACACCGUACAAGAUGGGGCAGUUUGAUCUAUCCCAUCGGGUGGUGCUUGCACCCAUGACACGGUGCCGCUCCUACGGCGGCGUGCCACAGCCGCAAGCGGCGGUGUACUACUCACAGCGUGCCACCAGGGGCGGGCUCCUCAUCUCAGAGGGCACAGUGAUUUCCCCCGAUUCUAUGGGUUACCCAGAGAUCCCUGGUAUCUGGACGCAAGAACAGGUCGAGGCAUGGAAGCCAAUCGUGGAUGCCGUCCACCGCAAGGGCGCCUUGUUUUUCUGUCAGAUUGCCCAUGUUGGGAGAGUCUACACAACUGAAAUCAAGACGGAUGAACCGGCGCCUAUCUCCAGCACCGACAAGGCUGUAAUCCCCGACGAUGAGGCUGGCAUAGUGUAUCCCAAACCCCGGGGGCUGAGGAUAGAUGAGAUACCUCAUGUCAUUGAAGACUUCAGGUGUGCCGCCCGAAAUGCCAUUCAGGCAGGGUUCGACGGUGUUGAGAUCCAUGGCGCACAUGGGUUUCUCCUUGAGCAGUUCAUGAAGGAUAGCGCUAAUGACCGUACCGACAUGUAUGGCGGUAGCCUCGAGAACCGGUGCCGCUUCGUUGUGGAGCUGGUUGAUUCUCUUGUCCACGAAGUUGGGGCACAUCGUUUGGGAAUCAGGUUGUCACCAUUCGUAGACUACAUGGAUUGCGUCGACUCCGACCCAGAAGGGCUUGCCGCCUACUUGGUGGAGCAGCUCAAUAAGCACCAAGGGUUUCUUUACUGCCACAUGGUAGAACCACGAAUGGCCAUUGUCGACGGGCGCAGACAGAUUCCCCAUGGGCUAUUGCCCUUCAAGAAAGCCUUCAAAGGCACCUUCAUUGCCGCCGGUGGGUAUGAUCAAGAGGAGGGCAACAAGGUGGUAUCUGAUGGCUACGCUGACCUUGUGGCCUAUGGGAGAAUUUUUUUGGCCAACCCUGACUUGCUGAGGAGGUUCGAGCUAGGUGCGCCAUUAAACGAGUAUGACCGCUCCACAUUCUACACACAAGAUCCAGUCAUUGGCUACACGGACUAUCCUUUCCUCGAUGAUAACAACAACUCAUUUUCAGCUCCUAACGUAUCGAUCGAAUAAAUGUCAUAGAUUUGUGGUAUAUAAUUUACAUCACAUGAAGUUCCUGAAUGUACGUUUACAGGUUGCAUCGAGUGGUAGUGUGUAAAUUUGUAGACUUUCUAUGUGUACAUUUUCAUAUUUUGUCUAUCCAUUUCAAUUUUUUGUGUAUGAAAGUAUUUGGAGAAUUUAUUGUUCAGUUUCUA